AUGAAGUUGUCGUCCAACCCGAUACCUUUCAGAGGCCUGUGUGGCUUGAUCGAUGAGCUGGCCAAGGUGCCCGCCCGCCCAACGCACACCAGACGGGCGACCAAGGACGAGUCCAAGCGCCAAAGCAUCGUGCAGCGAUGGAUCCAAGACCACAAAGAUGGCACCGCGCCGUGGUUGAGCGAGCGCAUGCCGCCAGGUACGAUCGUGCUGUGGUUCAGAAUGAUGUAUCCGGAGGAAGGGGUACGACGCAGGUACGUCGCACCGCUCAGCGGUCACCGGUCACCCUUGCCUAGGGUCGCACGGGAUGCAGUGUGGAUCUGCUUGUGGUCGUGCACACCACCCGAGACAGCCCUGGUCCUGAAGCGGACCUCUCUCAUUUGCAGGUACUCGAUUGGAGAUACCACAAUGGCGGCCUGGCUCGCAGAUUAUCUCGACCUCAGAAAGGAGCUUCGCGACGAGCUGCCCGGCGAGUGGUCGCGCCCGGAUCGCGAGCGGCGAGCAGGCGUGACGGGCUGCUUGGGUCUCAAGAUCAGUCAGAGUUGGCCCAUGAACCCAAGAAGUUCGACACCCUUGAAUCUUGGAAGGUAUGUCGGGAGUCCCGCGUCCGAGUCGAGUACUUGGCCCAGGUCGAGUCACCUGACCCCUAAUCAGCCCCUUAUUUGCUCUUGCUCGGUGAAAAGGAUCGACGAGCUGCUGGAUGAACUCGCGGCCAAGGCCGGGACUUCGGCUGACAGAGGUUUGUCGUGGGAUCAGACACUAACUAUCCUGCGGACGGAUGUGCCUAUGCCUAAUGCGGUUCUCUCUUUCCUCCUACAGUCCGGAGCUUGUACUCUUCGACAUCACGGACGCGCAAUCGGGAUGAAAUCUUGCGCGAGCUCUUUGAUCCACUCACCGAGCGUGAGACAUCGAUUAUGGUCCAGAUCAUCCUCCAAGACAUGUCGCCCAUCUUCUACCCACUCCCGACUACCUCGUCGACGGCGGCGUUGCUCAAAUACAACGCAAGAGCUCAUGAACGCUUAACGGCGCAAGACGCCAUGGCGCUCUGGCACGAACGCAUGCCGGAUCUCUAUCGCAUCAAGGCUGACAUUGAUGAGGCAGCUACAGAGGUCGAACGAGCUCUAAGUGAGCCACUUGUCACGUUGUUGAUGAGCAAACACCUAUUGAUAGCGUUCGAGCACUGCUUUGCUAGGGUGUGGAGAAGAGCCCCAAAAUUUCCAACCUCAACUCGGCAUACCCAUUCUUGUAAGUCGUGAGCCUCUCUUCCUUCCUGCGACCCUAAACCACAGACGAGCUUAUCAUGCACGUUUAUGAGCAGGUGCCUCGAACGAACAAACCACAAGCCUGCGAAGAUGCCUGUCGUUGCCUUUCGGGCCGAACUGCCGUCGAGACCAAAUACGACGGGGAACGGUGAGCAUGCUGCAAACACGGACCAUUUGCAGCGCUUGUGAUGCCGUGCUUAUAAUCCCGUAUGGAUGUUUAGUGUACAAGCUCACAUCAACCUUUCGCUACCGAUCGAGCGUCAAGUGCAGAUCUUUUCCAAGAGCUGCCGCGACUCGACCAAGGAUCGCUAUCGUCUCAUCCCGUAAGGUCUCUGUGUCGACCCGCGCACGCACGACCUCAUUGCUGAUGUGACCCCUCAAUUUAACUGGCACUAGAAUUAUCCGGGCUUCGCUUGGUCUGACAAUCCCGAGCGUUAAUCAAGUCCGAUCAUGGUUCGGCAUGCCGCGCACGGCCGAGUCGACCCACGAAAUGACCCACGCGGACGACACCAUCGUAGAGCCUCGCCUGCUUCGACGCUCGGCGCAGACAAGGGCACAAAAAUGGAAGAAGCUUGUUCUAGAAGGCGAAAUGGUACCGUUCGAUGAGAACACCAGCGCCCCCGCACCGUUUUACACGCUUGUCUAUGCCAAGAGUGGCCGCGACAACGGCGCCGCCGCCGCGGACGAGGACGCCGAGUCGGCCAUGACGGGAAGCACUCAGGAAGGGACGCCAUCAGAUGGCCUUCCACUUCACCUACACAUCGUUUGGUUCGAGCUUUUGGUUCUGGAUGACAUCUCGCUGCUUGACAGUAAGCUAUCACCGGCUCACGCUCCAUAUUACCUUGUCUAACGAGCCUGCGGACCAUGCAGCUCCCUUUAGUUUGAGGCGCGUCCUCCUCAAAAAGCUCAUCAACGAGAUCCAAGGCUUUGUAACUUCCGCGCAGCGACUAAAGCACAUGUCCUUUGGCCUGUCUUCAUUGACCCCCCGUUGACCAUCCGCAGAGCUCCUUCCCUGAAACAAUCGACAUCGACUUUGCUGACCGAUCGACUGCGCUCGAAGUGAGUCUCUGCAAGCGAGGUCCAAUACGCCACCCAGCAGUCAGACUGAUCCGCGUCGGUCACUAGGAAUUGAGGAGUCGCUUCGCUCAAAUCAUCACGGAGCGUAAAGGUGUGCCUUGCGCCAAAGCCGAUCAUGGACGACGUAGAGUCGAUCGCUCACACUGCUGCGCUUAUCUAAAUUCACGCAGAGGGGCUGAUGUUGAAGCCUUUGACGGGGGUCUACAACGAGCUCCACGACAACCGGAGGUGGAUCAAAUUAAAAAAGGAUUUCAUUCCGGGCUGCGGCGAUACUAUCGAUGUCCACGUCCUCGGUGCAUCUUGGAAGAAGGAAAGAGGAAGGGAUCAAUUGGGUAAGAAAGGUCAGCAGCGAAACAGUGAAGACAACCGGCGCUGACUUGGCUUAGUCCAAUAUUGCUCCAACAGUACCAACGACCGUUUACACCACCUUCUUCAUCGGCUUCCUGGCCUCCGAGUCACCUUUCGACCUCUGGGUGAGCUCCACCUGUGCACCUGUGCACCUUCUCACUACAGUCUAAUAACUCAGAUGAUUUCUUUUGUUUAUAAUCUGCAGACCAAUACACCUGCGAAACCGCACUACGUCAUUCUUUCCGCCAGCUCGUACGGGUACCAAGGCGCGCUCGACAGGAAUCGGCUUUGUGAGCUGAACAGCAAUAUCAUGUCGGCCGAACAACUCGAGUUUAGCUCUGCGCGCCACGUGGCCGGCGAGGCGUUUUACGGCGACUUCAAACGAGUCAAAGUCUCGGAACAAGGUCUCGACGUUUGGAUGGCGGAUGCUUGCCCGUACACAUUCUCCCUGUCGAAGGAACUCGAAAGCAGUGCGACCAUGCCCUGGAUCAUCUUUAAAGAACCUCGAGUGUUCGAGAUCGUGGGCGCUGGCUUCCAGAAAGAGAGAGGCUGCAAGGUGAGUUUUGGUUGCAAGAGACGAUGAGAGAGGAUAAUGAUCGACAGCUCACGCUCUGGCUGAAUUCCCAGUAUCACGCGUUGCGAUGGCCCCGGAUCGCCAAAGUCGACCGCACCGACGGAGACCCGGUUGACCUCGAGCAACUACAAGCGAUUGCGCAUCAUGCCAUGGACUCGCCGUGGGCCGUCAGUGGGCUGUUCACGUCCCACGUUCAACUGUGUGAUAACUAUCCGGAUCAACAUUCGUCACUCGACUCGAUGCUUGCGCGCGCGAAAGCUCACGAGUGUAAAAAGUGGGUCGCCAAACUCGAAGAAGCGGACAAGAUUGAAAGACCCACAUUCGCAUGGAACCACAGAAUGGUCGAGGAAGACGACGGAGAACGGCAAGACAAGCAUAUCGCGGGACCGUAUGCCCUUGUCUGUCAAGAAUUCGGCAUCUCAUGGGCUGACCUCGUCGGCCCUGCUUCGGGCUCCCGCAAGCGUCCUUACGACACCCUCGGCGCUGACAACUCUGUCAAGCCGAGGGCGCGAGACGGAUCACCUCCUUUCCGACUCGAUCGCACUGCGUGGGGACGACAAGCACCGGAUCGCCAAUUGACCUUCACAAAGCUGCUCAUCCCACCGUCUACCGCUCAACCUUUGACACCGCUCUCUCCUCUGAACGUGCUACGCGCCUCGAACCUCAUUUCCGAAGUCGAGUCCGAAUCGAGCGGCUCCCCGACGCGCGACUACGCCUGGUCGGUUUUGCCCGCCCCCGAGAUCGAUUGCCCGAUGGGUCUUCCGGGCCCUUGCCAUCUCAAGAACUCCAACUACUACCGCCACCCGCUGCACGUCCUAUGGGCGGCUGGGUGGAGUAUCCCGGGCUAUCGCCCAUUGUCCCGUCUUCGGCAAGGGGUCAUCUACGUCGAGUCGGAUUACGACAUCGACUUUGUGCGACAAAUCAGUCGCCAUGCGCUGCCGAGCAAAGACAGAAAAUUGCUUUGGUUCAUUGAUCGACGAUGGUUUGGUCAUAGGACGUCGUUGCAGUCGUUGUCGCAGUCAAACAGAGUGCUGCAGGUGUGGUGA